CUUUAGGAGUAAAGUUAAGAAGAAACCGUAGGGUAACUAUGUUAAAAAAUGGUUAAAACAAGCAAUAUUUUUUUAAAGUGUCAUUUUGAUUGAAGUUACAUUCUGUCAAAUUGCAUUUUCUUUUCCGGUCUUCCUGUGGAGUACGCGAGACGUCUGCCACAGUCCCAAGAUGGGUGCCUACCGAUAUAUUCAAGAAUUGUAUCGCAAAAAGCUUAGCGAUGUGAUGCGUUUUCUGUUGCGUGUGAGAGUCUGGCAGUACCGCCAGUUGACUCGAAUGCAUCGAGCUCCUAGGCCUACAAGGCCCGACAAAGCUAGGAGGCUGGGAUACCGCGCCAAGCAAGGUUACGUGAUCUUCAGGAUCCGCGUGCGUCGCGGUGGUCGCAAGCGCCCGGUCCCCAAGGGUGCAACCUACGGCAAGCCCAAGAGUCACGGGGUCAACCAACUGAAGCCCACUCGCAAUUUACAGUCCAUUGCCGAGGAGCGUGUUGGACGGCGGUGCGGCGGUCUUCGCGUGCUCAACUCUUACUGGGUUGCUCAAGAUUCUUCCUACAAAUAUUUUGAAGUUAUCCUGGUUGAUCCCUCACACAAGGCAAUCCGUCGUGAUCCCAAGAUCAACUGGAUAGUGAACGCAGUACACAAGCAUCGUGAAAUGCGAGGUCUCACAUCUGCAGGAAAAAGUUCUCGUGGUCUCGGAAAAGGCCAUCGUUUCUCUCAGACAAAGGGUGGAUCCAGACGCGCCGCUUGGAUCAGGAGAAACACGCUCCAACUGCGUCGCAAGCGAUAGAUACGCGACCGUGUCGGCUAUUGACUUUCUAUUUGUAUAUAUUCUGUGUUUAUUUUCAGAUGGAAAGUCAGUAGUUUUUAAUUAAAAAGUUACUUUU